GGGGUUGUGGAAUGCGAUGAGCUCUUUGGGUGCUGGCGGCGCGGAAUCGCCGUUCUUGAUCAACGCUGCCAAUGCACUGGUGUUUGCUCUGAUGGGCUUUCUGUGCAUUUUCGGCGCCCCAAUCGCCAACCGUAUUGGCUUGAAUUGGACCUUGCUGCUGGGAGCGAUUGGGUACCCGAUUUACUCCGCGGCGUUGUAUACGAAUAACCGCUAUGGCAAUGUAUGGUUCGUGCUUGUCGGGUCGGUAGCAUGUGGACUAUCAGCGGGACUUUUCUGGGCUUCUGAGGGCGCGGUUGCACUUGGCUAUCCUGAGCCGGGCAAACGCGGCAAGUAUAUGAAUAUCUGGCUAUGGUUUCGGACCGGUGGACCGUUGUUGGGUGGUGCUAUCGUCCUGGGUCUCAAUCAUUCUCCUGGGGGCAAAGGCAAGGUUCAGCCUGAGGUAUAUCUGAUUUUCGUUGCGCUGCAAUGUCUGGCCGUUCCUGUCGCAUACUUCCUUUCGCCUCCAGAAAAGGUUCAACGUAGCGAUGGGAGUCCCGUCAGGAUCAUCGCACAGGGCUCAUGGCGCGCUGAGAUGCACGAGCUCUGGAAGCUCUGCCGUAAGAAGCAUGUCCUCUUGUUGUUGCCCGUUUUUUGGGCCGCCUACUUCAACCAGUAUAUUGGCAAUUUCGAAACCUAUUAUUUCAACGUCCGAGCUCGAGCUCUGAUGGGCUUCGUUAGCAACUUUGCGUGCCUGCUGUCAUCCGGGAUCAUCAGUCGAUUUCUAGAUUACAAGGGUCUUCCUGUCAAGAGCCGGAUCAUAUACAGUUUCUACUACGUCAUCGUCGUCCACAUCGCAGCCUGGACUUAUGGCUGGGUUGUUCAGGAACAAUUUACCGCCAACCCUCCAGUCUUGGACUGGACCAGCAAGGACUUUGUCAAGGGGUUCUUCGUGGUGAUUCUCUGGCAAUUCUCCCAGCAAGCUCUGCAGAACUUCAUGUACUACCUUGUCGCUACAAUGACCGACAACAUCUCUGAGCUGGCGCGUUAUUCGGGUAUCCUCCGCGGGCAGGAGAGCUUUGCCCAGGCCGUAUCCUUCGGCCUCAACACCCGCGAUUGGUAUGGAGGCCGAGUCCCUCUCGCUGUGAACACGAUUCUUCUGGGGCUUGCGGUGGUGCCCACGUGGCUGGUCAUCAAGGAUCAUACUCCGAUUGAGCAUAGUAAAGAUGAAAUCACUCAGUCGAGAGGGGAUGAUGAGGAGAAAGUAUCUGGAUCGAGAUCUCACGAUGGCGAGGGACAGGAUGGGUAUGUGGUGAGGGAGUCGACUGCAACGAAGAUGGCCUAGAUGGCAAUUGGAGUUGAAUCAUAAACAAGCUUAGAAGCAUGCACUUGAGCAUGUGUAGAUAAAAUAAAAAUGAAAGGCCAUGAAUGAAUAAUGUCGAGUGCGCAGCUGCCCCUGUUCUCCGCAAUAAUGU